AUGAGAAGCACUCAGAGAUGUGAGGGUAUGAACAGCUAUAUGAAGGGUUAUUUGAAAAGCGGUGUGAAAUUAUUUGAACUUAUUCCGGCACUUGAUAGGUCAUUGUUACGGCUUAGGAACAAGGUUGUGGAAGAGGAUUUUAAGUCCAAUAACUCUAGUCAUGUCCUUACUUCUUCACUUCGAAAAUUGGAAGAUCAUGCAGGUACCAUGUUCACUGAUAGUGUGUUUGAGCAUGUACGUAACGAGAUUGAUGGGAUCGGCGAUUUAAUAACAUCUCGAACUAUGGUGUUUGGUUCAAGUCGUGUAUACUUUACAUCUAGUUACAAUGACAACAAACAAGAGAUUGAGUACACGACAGUUUACUAUCCUGAUGAAAACAAUCCUCGUAUGGAGUGUUCAUGUAAGCUGUUUGAAUGCGAAGGCAUUCCAUGUUGUCAUAUAUUUAACGUUAUGAAACAUGAGCGUAUGAAUGAGAUUCCUUCAUCCUUAUUAAUGAAGAGGUGGACGAAGUCUGCAAAAUCUGAUAUGCAAAUAUCAGUUCAUGGAGACAACGUCCCUAAUGAAGCUAUAGAAUUUGCCAGGUACGGCGAUUUAAAUUGUUUUGGAAGUAAACUGUGUUUUCUUGCAUCGAAAACAAAGGAGGGCACAGACAUCCUAAACAGAGAAUUCAUCAGACUAGAGCCCAUACUAUCAGACUUUUGGAAGCAAGAGAAAGAAAAAAUUGUUACUCCAGAGCACUGCAGUAAUAUUAUAACAUGA